CAGCGUCAUAUGUUCCGUUCUGAUACAACCACCAAUAAAAAACAAUUUAUAUUUUAUUGCUCCGUUCUGUCUCUUUCCUAAUUGCCAUCAUGUUCCCAGCUCUACGAACAACUUCCUCCCGUCUGGGUUUGCGCCUGGUGCGAUGGAGCUCGACCGACAGCCCGGUCUUGCCGCCGUUGAUCACCAAGCUGAGGACUGACCUCAAGACGGCUAUGAGGGCAAAGGAUACCCCUAGACUGAACGUCGUCCGCGCCCUGAUCUCCGAAACCAACAAUGCCGCAAAGACCUCCUCUCCCAUCCAGACCGAUAUUCAGCUCCUGUCUCUCAUUCGGAAACGUAUCGCUGCCUCCAAGGAAGCCAUUGAGGAGUUCAAGACCGAGAACCGUCCCGAACUCCAAGAGCUUGAGGAGAAGCAGGUGACAGUUUUGGAGGAAUAUGGUGCCCAAGUGGAAACCAUGAGCGUGGACGAUAUUAAGCAAAUUGUCUCUCAGGAGGUUUCCAACAUGAAGGCCGGUGGCAAGAAGGUCGAGGUCGGUUUCGUGCUCAAGACUCUCUUCGCCCCCGGUGGUGCGCUGGACGGCAAGCCCGCUGAGAGAGCCGAGGUUGCAAGAAUCGCCAAAGAGGCCAUUGCUUCUGCUUAAGAUGAAAUAAUGCUCGCAUGUAUACUAGUUCACCUGUACGAUCACAAAUAAAAGUGGGAUACUAUUACA